AUGUCCGAUCCCAAAUUCAACGACCUCCACGCCCACUUCCUCACUGAAGGUCUCCAAGUCCGACGAGAAGUUCUCGGCAACGAAUACGUGAACAACGCAUGGAACAACGCCAGCGAGUUCUCACGCCCGGGACAGCAGCUCAUCACGGAAUAUGCGUGGGGUAAUGUCUGGCAGCGGCCGGGGCUGGAUCGGAAGCAGCGGAGUCUUCUCACGCUGGGAAUAAUCAUCGCGCAGAAAGCGUGGCUGGAGUUGGCGUUGCAUACGCGGGGUGCGAUCAAUAAUGGGGUAUCGGAGGUGGAGAUUAGAGAGACCGUGCUACAUGCGACGGUGUAUUGUGGGACGCCGGCUGGGGUGGAGGCGAUGAUGGUUACGGAGAAGACGAUCAACGAGAUGGUGGAGAAGGGGGAGUAUAAGCGGGUCGAGGCCUGAUGUUUCAUUUGAUGGCUAUUAUGAAGUAGAAUUUUGAUGUUUUGGAAUUUCUAUUUUUCUAUUGUUAAUAGAGUUCUGGUCUUGAGUUGUGCAGAAUAUUGGAUAAAAUGUAGUACUCGUGUAGGUAUAUUCCAAGAUUAUGUAGUGAGGUAGAG